GCGGCGAUCGCGGCGGGGUGCAAGCUCGCGCGCGAUCUGGUGAACGCGCCGCCGAACGUGCUCACGCCGCGCGCGCUCGCCAUCGCCGCCGUGGACCUGGCCAAGUCCCACGCGCACCUGGACUGCACGUGCAUGGGCCGCGUCGAGUGCGAGCGCCGGGGCAUGGGCGCGUUCCUGGGCGUGUCGCAGGGGUCGAGCGACGAGCACGAGGCCCAGUUCAUCCACCUGACCUACAGGAAGGGCGUGCCGAAGACGAAGCUCUGCAUCGUCGGCAAGGGCCUGACCUACGAUUCCGGCGGCUACAACCUGAAGCCGUCCGCGGGCGGGUCCAUCGAGCUGAUGAAGUUCGACAUGGGCGGGAGCGCCGCGACGCUCGGCUGCGCGGCGGCCGUCGCCGGCCUGGGCGUCGACGACGUCGAGGUCCACUUCAUCGUCGCCGCCUGCGAGAACAUGAUCUCGCAGGACGCGAUGCGGCCGGGCGACGUGCUCACCGCGUCGAACGGCAAGACCAUCGAGGUCAUCAACACGGACGCGGAGGGCCGGCUGACGCUCGCCGACGCCCUGGUCUACGCCGAGGCGUUGAAGCCCGACGCCAUCGUCGACCUCGCGACGCUCACGGGCGCGUGCGUCGUCGCGUUGGGCGACGACGUCGCGGGCUUGUUCUCGAAGGACGACGCGCUGGCAUCGGAGCUCGAGGCCGCGGCGUCGAGCGCCAUGGAGCAGGUCUGGCGCAUGCCCAUGCCGCCGGCCUACGAGAAGGACAUCGAGUCGACCAUCGCGGACCUCAAGAACGUCGGCUCCCGCGCGGGCGGCGCGAUCACCGCGGCCCUGUUCCUCGGCCACUUCGUCGAGGACACGCCCCACGCCCACGUCGACAUCGCCGGGCCUGUCUGGAACGGCAAGGCCGGCGAGGCGACGGGCUUCGGCGUCAAGACCAUGGCCCAGUGGGUCGAGGCGCGCGCCGCCGUGCCCGCGGACGCCGUCUUCUGA